GAAAUGGAUAUUGUGAAACUCGAACAAGACAUUGAUCUUUCUUUAAGUUUAUUAGGUGUUAAACAUGAUAAAAACAUUAGCAUAAAUCAAAAAUUUGACUCCCUGAUCGAAAUUAAAGAAAAAUAUGAAGCAUUAAUAGAUGAACACGAAAAGUUAAAAGAAAGAGAAAAUAACUUUUAUCAAGAAGAAGAAUUAAAAACAAAAGAACUGAAAAAAGAGGAAGAAUUAAGGAAAAAUGAAGAAAAUGUCUGCUUAUCUGAUGAAAAAAUAUAUAAAUUUAUUGAUGAAUGUGUUGAAGAAUAUAUUGAAAAAUACGGGAGAGAAUACAAAGAUCUCAAACUUCCACCUGCUAAAAAAAGUAUUUUUACCUUUAUUAAAGAGGAUAUGAAUGAUUCG